GUGUGUGCGAGCGCGACAGUCGGACGCUUCGGACACUUGGAAACUAAAGAUCUGGACUUCUGUUCGCCAUCGAAGGAGGUCUCUUCACCCUCCUGCACCCACGCACCCUAAAGACAUCACACCUCUGCCCGAGCACCUGAGUCACAGAAGCACAUCUUGCGUGUCGCCAUGGCGCUGUCGUCCCGCCUGAAGCUCUGGGAGAACAAGAUCAAAGAGGAGAAGACGCCAGCUCCACCUGUCGUGGCGCCGCCGCCACCACUAUCGGCGCUGCCGGGGGGAUUCCUCAAGCAGCUGGUUCGAGACUCUGAGAAGGUGACCAAACAGAAGGAGCCAGAAGUGAAGGUGGAGAAGCAGCCGAGCAAGCUGAGUGGCGACCUGGUUCAGCAGUUCCUGGUUCCGGACCAAACACCCCCAAUCCUGGAGGCUGAGAUGGCCCUGCGAGCCGAGCAGACGCCGAAACAAAGUUUGGACCGGGUCGUCUCCCCGGUUCCCCGGAACAGGUCCAAUCCUGGGAGCAGGCCAGACACCAGACAGGAAGUAACGCCAGAGCCACCGAGGCAGAAGGAGGAAGUGAGGCAAGGCGCUUCGAACCCGGGGCUGCUCCUGGAGCAGAUGUCUCCAGGGUCUAUCUGGUCUACUACAACUCUUCCCUGCAGUAACCCCAGACUGAUAGAGGCAGAGAAGGUGCAGAUGAAGGAGGAGGACAGUCGAGUGAUGGAGCCGGAGAAGCGCCAGGAGCCGGAGGGGCGACAGGCUGAGACCAUCAUCUCAGAGGACCACAGACCGGAGGUGAAGGACGUCUGGUACGAGGCCGGAACUGUUUGGUUGGUCCACAAAGACGGCUUCUCUCUAGCUAUGCAGCUAAAGCCCGAUGAAGGAACGCCAGAACUCCCAGACGGCCACGUGAGAGUCCGCUUGCAGUCGAAUGGAUCGCUACACGACGUGACGCAGCAUGAGAUCCAGAAGUGUAACCCCUCAGAGCUGGACCUCUGCGAAGACCUCAGCCAGCUCCAGAGCAUCAACGAGUGCGGCGUCCUGCACACGCUGACCAGCCGCGCCAGAGCUGGGCUGCCGCUGACCCGUGCCGGGCCCCACCUGGUGAACCUCUGGCCUCCGAUCCAGACACACAGCAAGACACCCAAGUCACGGCGAGGUGAGUCAUUGUGGGACGCCCCGCCUGCACUAGCAGCCCUGGUCAAGCGGGUCUAUGUGUCCAUGGUGGGGUCCAGGAGAGACCACAGCUUCUGCGCAGUGGGACGCAGCGGUACUGGCAAGACCACCACGUGCCAGGCCUUCACACAUGAGCUGCUGAAGCUGGCUGGGACCAGCGGGGGCAGCGUGAGCACGGACCGGGUCCUCGCCAUGUUCACCGUCCUCCGCUCCUUUGGCUGCGUCAGCUCGCCAACCAGCGAUGCCUCUUCUCGAUUUGCCAUGAUCUUCUCUCUGGACUUCAACCACGCUGGUCAAGCAGCCGGUGGCCACCUGCAGACGAUGAUGCUGGACAAGUGGAGAGUCUGCCAGAAGACUCCAGAGGAGAGCAGUUUCCUGGUCUUCCCCCAGAUGCUGGCCGGUAUCAGCUCCGAGCUCAGGACGGAGCUCCAGCUGCACCAGCUGCCUGAGUCCAACUCUUUUGGAAUCUCUCACCCCACCAAGGUGGAGGAGAAGCAGCGGGCGUCCGUCGGGUUCACUAAGCUGCUGGUCGCCAUGGAGACUCUGGGCUUCACUGCUGCCGAGCAGAAGGCCAUCUGGCAUGUUCUGGCGGGAAUCUACCACCUGGGCGUGGCUGGCGCGUGUAAAGUGGGCCGGAGACAGUUCGUCAACUUCGAGAGCGCUCAGGCGGCAGGUGGCGUUCUGGGCUGCGAGGGCGACGAGCUUCACACCGCUGUCUUCAAGCACCACCUCCGCCAGCUGCUGCAGCGAGCCACCGGGGGCAGUAGAGAGCGUGGGGCAGACGCAGAGGAAGCAGGCCCCAGACUGACAGCAGCUCAGUGUGUGGAGGGAACCGCCGCCGGGCUCUACGAGGAACUCUUCGCCGCCAUCGUGUCGCUUAUCAACAGGUCUCUCAGCAGCCAGCAGUUGGCGCUGGCCUCUGUGAUGGUUGUGGACUCACCUGGACUGAGAAACCCGAGACACUCGGCAGGAGAACGAGGAGCCAACUGGUCCGAGUUCUGUCACAACUACCUGCAGGAGAGACUGAUGGAGCAUCAACACACACACACCUUCACACACAUCCUGGACCUGUAUGCUCAGGAGAAGAUCCCGGUGGACUUUGAGGGUCCGGAUGUGAGUCCGGCUGAAGUGGUCUCAGCCAUGGACCAGCCCCCACCGCAGGUCCGGGCAGCAGAUGGAGACCCGCGUGGUCUGCUGUGGGUUCUGGAUGAGGAGAUGCUGACGUCGGUGUCCAGUGAGGCCGCGGUCCUCGAGAGAAUCUGCCAGUACCACAGUGAGACCGUCCGACAGUGUGAGCAGCCGCUGCAGUGCGAAAUCAACCACCUGAUGGGAUCGGACCCAGUCCGCUACGACCUGACCGGAUGGUUUGGCUUGAUCCAGAACAACCAGUCUGCCCUGAAUGCCGUCUCUCUGCUCCAGAACUCCAACAUCCCAGAGCUGAAGUCCAUGUUCAGCUCCAGACUCUCCCUGCCACCUCUCUGCCGAGGUCUGGGGGGUCUCGGAGGAGGCAGCCAGCGGGCCCUGCAGCGGAGUGGGACCAUCAGGAAGACUUUCAGCGCCGGGAUGGCGGCGGUGCGACGACACUCGCAAUGCAUCUCUGUGAAGCUCCAGGCGGACGCCCUGGUGAACCUGAUCCGCAGGGCCCGGCCCGUGUUUGUGCAGUGUGUCGCAGCCAAGAUGGACGCUGGCAGUUUCAACACCCCGGCGCUACGGGUCCAACUUCACUCCACUCAGAUCCUGUCUGCGCUGCAGCUGUACCGCACAGGUUUCCCAGAUCACAUGACCCUCAGCGACUUCAGGUGCCAUUUCCAGGCCUUGUCUCCACCUGUCAUGAAGAGAUAUGCCUCCAUGUUUGUCAGCCAUGAUGAGAGGAAGGCAGUGGAGGAGCUCCUGGUAGACUUGGACCUGGACAAGCGCAGCAUCAUGCUGGGGUGCAGCAGGGUCUUCUUGAAGAGAGGGGUUCUGGGUUACCUGGAGCAGCAGCGGGACCAGCAGGUGACCGGCUGGCUGCUUCACCUGCAGGCCUGCUGUUUGGGUCACCUGGCCCGGCAAAAGUACCGUCGUCUGAAGGUGCAGCAAAUGGCUGUCAGGUGUCUGCAGCAGAACAUCCGGACACUCCGUCAGGUGUCCCGGUGGAGCUGGUGGAAACUCUUCUGUCGGGUUCGCCCGCUGCUCGACGUCAACAUGGACAACCAGAGACUCCGCGCCAAAGAGGAUGAAAUCUCAGCACUGAGACGUCGGCUGGACAAAUCUGAGAAGGAACGGAACGAACUGAGACAGAUCGCUGACGAGCGGGAGACCAAGGUUACAGCAGUAACUUCGGAGCUCAGCGACGAGCGUUUCCGUGGCGACGCGGUGGGUCAGGCUCUGGAUGUGGAGCGAGCCGAGCGCCUGCGUCUGAGCCGGGAGAACAAGGAGCUGCAGACCCGUUUGGAGCAGAGCAAGGUUGCCAUGGAAACGCUGGAGAAGCAGCUGGAGGAGGAGAAGCAGAAAGUUCUGAGCGCCGAGAGUCGGAGAGCCACAGGUGCAGACGGUGAGCUGGCCAUGCAGCUGGAAGUGUGUCAGACGGAGGUGGAGUUCGUGAGACGGCGGCUGAAGCAGACGGAGGAGAAGCUGGAGACAGAGCGGGAAACCAGGAAGCAGCUGGACUCCAAGGUGGCGGCGCUGCAGUCGCAGCUGGAGCAGUCCAAAAGAAGUGUGAACGAGCUGAAGAGACACUGUCGACGCGUGACCUCUGACCUCCAGGACGCUAGGGUCCUGGCCGAUUCGCUGCAGAAUCGGAUGCACGACGUCGACCGCAAACAGAGACGGUUCGACAGCGAGUUGACGCAGGCGCUGGAGGAGGCGGAGGGCGAGCGGGAGCAGAAGGAGAAGGCAAUGCAGGAGAACGCCGCCCUGGUAGCUGAGAUCUACACGCUGCGCCGAAACCUGCAGGAGAGUCAGUCGGAAGUGACUCGAGUCAACAAGCAGAAGGACGAGUUGUGCGCUCAGAUCCGAGACCUCAGUCUUCCUGUCGACCUGGCCGCCGAGUCGCUGCCUGACCUGAAGAAGCAGCUUCGGCAGUCAGAGAGCGAGGCGGCCGAGCGCGCCGAGGAGAUCUCCAGACUUGGCGCCAGGAUCCAGCAGCAGCAACAGGUCCACAUGCGCUUCGAGAUGGAAAUGGAGCGGAUGAAGCAGAUCCACCAGAAGGAGCUGGAGGACAAAGAGGAGGAGCUGGAGGACGUGCACAAGUCCUCUCAGAGACGGCUGAGGCAGCUGGAGAUGCAGCUGGAGCAGGAGUACGAGGAGAAGCAGAUGGUCAUCCAUGAGAAGCACGACCUGGAGGGGCUGAUCGCGACCCUGUGCGACCAGGUGGGACACCGAGACUUUGACGUGGAGAAGAAGCUGAGGCGAGACCUGAAGAGAACCCACGCUCUGCUGGCCGACGCUCAGCUGCUGCUCUCCACUGUUGACAGCCCGGGUCAGAACCUCCCAGCCGGCACCAAGGAGCAGAUCGAGCGGCUGCACUGUCAGCUGGAGGAGAGUGAAGCACGGCGCCUGGAGGCGGAGAACGCUCACACCACACUCUCCCAGGCGCUGGAGGAGACGCAGGACGAACUGGAGAACGUCUGCAAGCAGAAGAGUCUGGCGGACGAGCAGCUGAUGCUCCUGCAGCACGAGAAGAUGGACCUGCUGAAGAGGCUGGAGGAGGACCAGGAGGACUUGAACGAGCUGAUGAAGAAGCACAAGGCUCUGAUUGCACAGUCGUCCAGUGACAUCAACCAGAUCCGGGAGCUCCAGGGAGAGCUGGAGGAAGUGAAGAAGCAGAGGCACUCUCUUCAGGAGGAGCUCCAGCAGUGCGUGUCCAGGCUGCAGUUCCUGGAAUCCUCCACCGUGGGGCGCAGCAUCGUCAGCAAGCAGGAAGCACGCGUAUGUGACCUGGAGAACAAACUGGAGUUCCAGAGAGGACAAGUCAAGAGGUUUGAGGUGCUGGUGCUGCGUCUGCGUGACAGCGUGGUGCGUCUGGGCGAGGAGCUGGAGCAGAGCGCGCAGUCGGAGGCUCGGGAGCGAGAGAAUGCUCGCUACUACCAGCAGAGGCUGCAGGACAUGCGCCUGGAGAUGGAGGAGCUGACGCAGAGGGAGCAGGAGAGCAGCAGGAGGCGCAUGGACCUGGAAAUGCAGGUGGAGGAGCUGUCUGCCGUCCGACAGACCUUACAAGCCGAUCUGGAGACGUCCAUCCGUCGCAUCGUGGAUCUGCAGGCGGCCCUGGAGGAGGUGGAGUCCAGCGACGAGAGCGACGCUGAAAGUGUUCAGACCGCAGUCGAGUCCUUGACUCGGAGGAAAGACCUUGACUCCGCCUCCAGUGUCGGCACGGAGGAUGUCGGCGAGGGGAUCCGCAACUGGCUAGGAGUGCCCAGAGGAGGCUCACGGGCCAGUUCACGGUACAGCAGCAGUACCAUUGGUGGCCACGAGGGGCGCCAGUCAUCAGCUGACACCAUGAGCAACUGUAGCUUCCGCUCUUGUGUGGAUCCAGAUGACGACAGCUCUGAAAGUGGCACCAAAGGUCCGGCUCGGGCGCCAUCCUCAUCUGCUCUGUCGGAGCUCCUGGACGGUCUUCGUAAACGCCGUGCCGGCACGGACCGCGGAGAUGAAGGAAGCAGCGCCGUCUCGCUUCCCAUCUACCAGACCACUGGAGCGUCCGCGAUCCGACGCCGAGCGUCGGCACUGUCCCUGGGCCCGGAAGACCUGCAGGAGCCGCGGCCUGGACCCAGCAUUCUGAAACCGUCAUCACCGCUGCUACCCCGUUCCACCAGUUCUCGCUCUGUCACCGAUGGGCCGACGACAUCCGCGGCCGCCAGGCUGCCUCGCUUCAGCUCCAGCGAUUCAGUGACCUCGCUGCCAUCGCUGCCUCGCCUCUCGUCCUUGUCCUCGCCACUCGCUGGCCGCCGUCAGACUCCGUCGCUCUCCAUCCCAGAGGAGGACUCGGUGGAAGCCGGCCGCACUACUUUCCAGCGCUCCCCUCUGGCGCCGAGACGGUGCCUGCUGGGCAGCCUGGUGUCAGAGGACGCCGACGAAGGCUCUCUGGGAUCCGAGCCCAUGGUGUUUCAGAACCGCCGUCUAGCCACAGACCGGACCAGAGACGAUGCAGCGUCAGACAUCUUCCCCGCCAUUCGCAGAGCUCAGUCGACCAGCAGCCUGGCCGGCUCUGUGCGAGGAGGCCGGAGGGCGCUCAGCGUGCACUUCGGAGAGCUGCCGCCUUCCUCGCGCAGCAGGCGGGCUUCGGAAACAGAGUCGUCCAGUUCCAGUGGGUCAGGAGCCAGUUCUGAACUGAGCGGGUCCAGACGGAGCAGCGGCAGGCCUCAGGGCGAGAGGCUGGAGGCGGAAGGAAGCGAGGGAGGAGACGUGACGUCGGUCAUGAAGAAGUACCUGAAGAAGGAGCUGGACUGAGUCAGCCUCUGGGGGUCGCUAUUGUCUCCCUCAGAAACCACCUGACCCAGCCAGAGCAGAAGAGGAGUGACAUCAGAACGCAACACUCGCCUGUAUUUUCUGAAUAAAAGCAC